UAUAGAUAAUUCAUGUUUAACAGCCUCUACGUUACAAGUCAAUCUUCAAUAAAAAACCACUAUCACUCUUGCAUCACUCUUUAUUUUUGAAUUCUAUAUUAUGUAGCAGCUCAAAUCAUUUCUGUUACUCGAUCGUGCCCUUCUGGGGGAGGCCAAAACGGAUUAGUCCUCUACUCGAGCUGGCAUAUAAACCACGUUUAAACAACUACUCGAAGCUCAGCAGUUUCCAGCAGAAAAAUCAUCAGGAAAUUAUUUCAGAACGCGUUUAUUAAACAUGCAUAGAUUAAUUGUCUUGUCCAUGUUUUUAAUUGUGAUCAAAGCGGAUCAUACUCGAGGAAUUCCAGCAAAUGAUGAAGCUGUAAACGAGUUUCAGCCAAGUCUUGCGAUUGUGGUUGGUGUCCUUGGAGUCAUGUUCAUCUUGACAUUUUUUCUUCUUUUUCUUGCCAAGUGUUGCCAUCGACAAUCGGGUUCGAAUGGAGAGAAUGAAGGAAGGUUUGGAGAAUCAAGGUCUGGAUACUCUGGAAUUGACAAAACAGUCAUCGAAUCACUCCCUUUUUUUAGAUUUUCCGCGCUGAAAGGGUCCAGAGAGGGGCUUGAAUGCGCUGUUUGUUUAUCAAAGUUUCGAGAUAUUGAGAUUCUGAGAUUACUUCCAAAGUGUAAACACGCCUUUCAUAUUAGUUGUGUUGAUCAGUGGCUGGAGAGACAUUCUAGUUGUCCGCUCUGCAGGCACAGAGUUAGCUCAGAGGACCAUGCCUCAGUCACGUACUCAGGUAGCUUAAGAUUCUUGAGAAGCCAGUCUGAUUUGAGGCAGGACUCGAAUUUGGAACUGUUUGUGCAAAGGGAAGAAGACCACACUCAACAUAAGUCUUCAAGAUUUAUGCGCGGAAGUAGCUUGAAUAAUACUCUUGAAGUCCAGGACAGAGAAGAAUUGCCAAUUCAGGGAACUUGUCACAAGAACGAGGCCGAGGAGGAGGAGAAUUUGCACAAGUUCAAUCACAAGAUCAUUGUGGCUGAAGGAGUGCUUCUCAAGAACAGAUGGAGCAGUGUGAGUUCUUCGGACCUUAUGUUCUUGAACUCGGAAAUGAUUAACGAGGCUUCCACCAAUAGGUUAUCAUCCAAGGAAGCCGCGAAUAAUUUGUACGUUAUUAGCACUCAAGAUGAUAGUAUCCCAUUUGCAAGAGUAGUUGAGAAUAAUUCGAGUAAGAUUUUGGAGCCAAAUGAGAAGAGAUCAAUGUCAGAGAUAAUAGUUCAUCCAAGGUCCACUAGAAGUAGAAGUAUUACAAGAGGUGAAUCUUCUGGUAGCCAAAAUGAUGUGAAUGAAGAAAGACAAAGGAAGCUGUGGCUACCUAUUGCCAGAAGAACUGUUGAAUGGUUUGCCAAUAGAGAAAGGAGGUUUACACAAAUACAAUCUCAUGUAUAGAUUCUUCAUUUGCUUGGCCCAUUGUUAAUUUUAGGGGUUUUUUGUUAGCUUGCAUAUUACAAAACAUUGUCAUGAUUUCUUCAGAACGCAGAUUUAAUUAGAGAUCGAAAUUAUUAAAUUUAACUGAGAAGUUCUUAUGCAUGGCUUAUAUAUGGUUGAUGAGACUCGAGACUAAGGCCUGUUUGGUGGAGCUUUUGA